AUGGACGGGGCGGACGUGUGGGCCAAGACCUUGGCCCAGCUGAUGGCCCAGACGAAGCCCCAGGACACCUGGGAGCUGGUCCCCCAGGAGAACCUGGCCUCGGGGCACCUGGACAGCAGUGGUUUCCAGUACCGGCUUCGGGGGCUCUCGAGGCUCCAGUGCGGCCGCUGCCAGUGGGGCUGGGCCUCAGCCCACGUGCACGUGCUCUUCCACCUGUGGUGGGACGAGGCCAGUCGGCGCGGGCUGGUCAAGAUGCGGGUCUGGGGCCAGCGGUGCCUGUGGUGCCCGCCCGGAGGGGCCGAGUGCCGCGUCAGCCUGCUGAACGUGCGCCUCUUCCUGGGCAAGCUGGUGCGGUUCAUUGCGCAAAAGUGCUACGCAGAGGGUCCCGGCUCCGACCAGGGCCCCGAGGUCUGCUUUGGCGAGCACUGUGAGGCCUGCGACCUGGGGGUCUGCUUUUUCCAGCAGCUGCCUGACCCCGCCUGGGGGCCCGAGGGCAGGAGCCCCGGCAGCAUCAAGGGCAGGUUCACCUUGUACUCCAGUGGCGACGAAGCUGCCCCCGCUGCCGACAGGCAGCUGCGCACGCUGGGCCGGGGGCCGCUAGUCGACCGCCCCGGGGGCUGCACCCCCAACGCCAUCGCCGUUCCCCUGUACGCAGCCGACUUCAUCAGGAGCCCCAUCGCCGAGGGCAGGGACUUCUGCGGCCAGGCCGAGGAGGUCAUCACCAUCCCCUUCUCCCUCGGGCGCAGGGCCCGGGGGCUGGCAGGUGAGCCCGCAGGCGGGCGGCACAUCAUCGGCAGGGGCUCCCUCUACCUGCCCGCCAGCUCCAAGGCCACGUCCAAGGGCAGACGCUUCCCGGUGAACAUCAAAGCCCCCGUCUUCCACGGCAAGGGGCUCCUGCUCAGUGGCGCGAAGGCAACCACGGGCUUCAUCUACAAAGGGCUCGGCUGCGUGUCUGAACCCGACGAGGGCGAGGACGGGGAUGAGGACGAGGAUGGGGACACCGACUGGGGCGCCCGGUCCAGCAGCACCAGGCUUGUCCCGGCUGGAGCCAGCCCGCGGCCCAUGACCUACAUCGUCGGCCUCAUGGACAGUGGGGGGGGCUCGGUCACCUUCCCCUCCUCUUUGACUGACGUGCUCCUGGAAGACGCCGACCCGUUCGACCUGGUCCACGGCUCCCUCACCUUCCCGUUCAUGUUUGCCUACGAGGGCCGAGCGGUGGCCUCCUCUGCCAGCGGCCCUGAAGGCAGAGGGCAGGUGGCUGGUGGCUGCAGCCCCCCUGCCGCGGGCCGUGAGCGCCUCCUGGGGACCGAUGCGGGCAGCUGGGUGCCCCUGGGCGAGGGCUCCAUCACUGUCCCCUUCUCUAUCUUCAGUGUUAUCCAAAGCAAGAGCUCCGGGAGCAAGGCCAGGGGCCCUCAAGGCGAUGGCCUGGUGCCCUGGGGCUCGUCCAAGAAGCCGAAGCAACCGGGGCCCUGGGCGGCCAGGUUCCGCCUUCCGCCCCCCGGGGACGAGGGCUUCUGCUGGGCUGAGGGCUUCUGCUUCGACCCCUACGAAGAGGUCUGGAUCUGGGUCUCACUGGCCGUUUGCGUCCUCUGGAUAAUGUACCUCUGCAAGUUCAGCCCCGACCGCUCCCCAUGGGUAUGA